AAGUUGGGGGCCACACAACUCGGCGGGUCGGUAAGGGCGAGAGCGGAGCAACAGUGGCCGGGAUGUGGUCCUCGGUGGUGGGCGGGGCCGGCGCGGAGGUGCCCGGCGCCCGCCACAAGCACGCCAUGUGUGUUGACCACCCGCACGUGUACCUCCUGGGCGGCCGACACGGGAACCUGCCGCUCAAGGACUUCUGGACCUACGACCUCGUGACGAGGACGUGGCGGGAGGUUCGCGAGGACCAGGGCGCGCGGCCACCGUCCCUACAGCAGCACACGAUGGUCAGGGCCGGGGAUUGCCUGCUGGUCUUCGGUGGGGAGCUGUGCAUGUCCAACGAGACCCCGCUAUGGCUUUACCGUCCCCAGACGAAGGUGUGGCAGAAGUGGCGGCCGGAGAACAACAGGCGGGGCGGCGGUGCUACCAUCGGCUGCGGCGGAGGUCGGGGCACGCGGCGAGGAGGCACCGCGGGACCCACAGGCCGCCGCGCCCACACUGCACUCAUGGUUGGGGAGAGCAUGCUAGUCUACGGCGGCUACCAGGACCUGCGAGGCUCCUCAUCUGAACUCUGGAGCUUCAACACGCGGGAGGAAGCAUGGAGCCCCGUGUCGUCGCGUGGGGAGCAGCCAGCGCCGCGCCACGCCCACUCCGCGGUUCUGCACGACGACGGCAUGUGGGUGUACGGCGGCAUGACGGACCUGCAGGAGCGUAACGACUUUUGGCGCUUCGAUACAGCGGGAAGGACGUGGACCCAGCUCCGGGUUCGCCCCAACCCCGGCUACCUCCACUCCCACGUGGCCGCCAAGCUGCACGCCUGCAUGGUGGUGUUCGGCGGGGAGCGGCAGGGCGAGGUGCUCAACGAUCUCUGGCGGUACCAUUUCGCCACGGGUGCCUGGGAGCGGCUGGUGUCCUCGGGGAUAAAGCCGCAGCCGAGGUCACAGUUCUGCUCCUUCGUGGCUCCGUCGCACCACAUCAAAGGGCCUCGCUUCCACACGCCCUCCCGCGCCGGCUCCUCCUCGGCCGCCAGCAGCAGCAGCGGCUACAGCAGCUCCCACAGCCACGACUCUUACCGCACCAGGAGAGUUCACCCAGACGACAAUCUGAGUCCCGGCGGUGUAGCCAAGGGCAGCGGCGGGACCACCCGCUUGUCCAGCGCGACUACAAAAUGUUCCUGCCAGGAGUGCAUGGAGGAAGACGACGAGGAGGACUUGGACCCCACCCGCCUCCGCUCCCUCAUCCAAAAGAACUGCACCAAUGCCUCCACCACACAGCUCAAGAUGUCCAUCUCUAAGUUCUCCCAACUCAACUUGUCUCAUCUGGGCCGCUACUACAGCUACAGCAUGCUGAGCAACGACAGCACGGAGAGCAUCGUGGAGGAGUCCCUGGCCAGCACGUGCGACAGUCUGGGCAGCAAGAUCGUCAAGUCCCAGAGCAUACACUUGAUGGGCAAAGACAAGGACGCGAGAGCCGAAGUAGUACCGGGCGGCAUGACCAGAGACAUAGUUUCUGUGCCGAAUUUCGGAGACUUGAAGGAAGGGGAGGGAAAUGAAACGACUUCCCAGAUGCCGGUGAACCAAGUCAAGGUCAUCACGGUUCUGCCAGCCGAGGGUCCGCCAGAGGCCAGCUUGGAAGAUGACCCAACUGACUUGGUGGCGGGUAUUAAAGGCCGUCUUGCCUUCACUCACGAUGAUCAUCUGCGGUCGGCUGACACCAGCAUCAGCGAGAACCUCAUGUCCUUCUCCUGCACCACUGACAGCAACCUCAGCAGCAACACUAACCUCUGUGGCUCCACCAGCAAUGCCGUGGGGGGGCUCAGCAGUUUCUCCAACCCAAACUACGUGGGUUUUGACCCUGGACGGGAAGGCGGUGGUGGUGGACUGCUGAGUCAGGACUACUGGCGGACUGGCGCGCUGGACCUGGAGAGCCUCCGACACAAGGAAUUCGCUGAAAUACUGAGGACGCCACCAGACUCUGGCAUCGGCCUGGGCGUGGAAAUGGAGCGGCGCACUCCCCUUGACUUCAAGCUCGCCACCCUGGAGGACUUCGUGACCUUUGACAGCCAGACGGCGCGGUUCAGCAAGACCCACACAGACGAUCAGCAACAGGAGGGCACCAACGGGGCCCCGGCCGGCAAGACGCCACCCACCACCACCUCCAGAGUAACGUUCUCCUCUGGUCACUCUAAGAAUGACUCCACGGGCGGGCAGCAGCAGCCUGGAGCUCCAAGUGGGGCCUCUGAAAGGGACAGAGACCCUCCGCCUCCUCGUAUUAACCCUUUCAUGAGGGAGGAGCCGCUGCUUGAGCCCCAAUCCCCUAGUGCAAUGUAUAUCGUGGGAGGGAAGGAAAUGGACCAGAUGACGGCCUUCAAGCGGCCGAUAUCAGUGUGGAAACUCGACUUGCCUUUUUAAUGGCCAGCGUCCCUAGGAGUGUAGUGUUACCCGAGACCGUGAUGAUGUAAUAUAGAGUUGCCUUCCAUCCAUUACAGAGAUGCAUUUUGUACAAAGAAUAUGAGGAAUCACAUUAAUUCCAAGCUUAAUCAUUCCCAGGAUAUACAUACAUAUACAUAUAUAUAUUUUUCCUCUUAGGUAGCCGCCCGAAUGUGAGUAAUAUAUUUCUCUUAUAUAAACGUGCGUAAUAUAUCUGUCCAAGUAUCCCGUCCUGUGCUCGCGUAGCUUCUUGCCGCUGUGUGUUUCCGUCAUCAACAGUUUAAUGUUAAUCCUCAACAUUUAGUCACGAUGCUGUGAAUCUCGUUGGCCUGCGGUGUUUUAGUGCUUAUCGUUUUUGCAUGUUUCAUAGGUUUAUUGUACAUCAGUUACCGGCAGCCUCCUUGGUGUAUCAGUUGUUGUAUGUUCAUUACGCCACACCGUCAUUUGUUCAGACGCGGCUUGGCCGAGGCGCCGCCGCGGGGCAGCGCGGUGGAGGCACCGCCCGUCGGCGUCAGCAUCCAGACGUCCCUGUCCAACCGGCAUGUCUUGGGUUGAAUUCUGUUGCUGCUUCCAGUAUUACCUAAAGCUACAUGUUAUUGACAAAUAGUUUUAUGUUGUACAUAGGCUACAGAAGACACGUUUGUCUAAAAAAAAAUAGGUAUGGAGCAACUACUGAAGCUAGUGUUCAAUAGUUAAUUAACAAAAGACUUCUGGACCCUGUCCUAUCAGCGUGUGACCACCGUGGCGGCGGCACGUGGCGUGGCGGCGGCAGCGUGAGGAGCUGCCGUCGCCCACCGCCAACAAGGAAGGGAAAUCAGGCCAAAGUCCUAGCAAGUACUUUCAACGUGUUUUGUUGUGUUUGCGGAAUAGUUAUGUUAUUCACAAUUAAGGAAGCCCCACUUGUGUUCUGAGGGUGUUGUUAGUGACCCCGAGCGGCGUGUGCCAAAGACGUGAGGGAGGCGGGCCAGCCUCCGUCGGAUGUCCCAGUCUUCAAACAUUAGGUAAUAGUAGGACAAGGAAUACUGGCAUUGUAUCAUGGUUUAGUAUUAUGUUAUAGCUGUUCUAAAUGAACAUUGUGGUAACGAACUUCGUCCAAAGCUGAACCAAUCAAGUAGGCGGUGAGCCUGACGAGCCGUGCGGAGGGCUGCUGUGUGCGAGGGUCUUGCCAGGGGCUCGUGGAGACUCCUUGAGGCUGGCUGUGGCUGUGGCUGGGUCUGCUGUGUGGUGUUUGUUGGACUGCAUGGGCGUGUGCAUGUAGACUUUUUUUCACCUUCCUUCCUUCCUUAUAAAUAUGUCCCUUCCGUAGAGGCAAGACUAUCUUUCGACGACCCAUCGCGAGACAGCUUCACGACGAGGAAGUGGAAGAGAGCUUUGUAUGCCUUUUUUUUAUCAAUUUGAGCUUCAUUCCUUUUCUAAAUUCCUCGUCCAAAGAGCUAACUUCAGUAAUAGACAAGUAGCACUCGAAAAAUAUUGAUCAAAAAUGUGAACAUGUACAUAUAUUUUAUCUCUGGCGAGGUCACUCUUUUAGUAAAAUACAAGAGUUCGCGGCGCGUCUGAACCCCCGAACACCACCGAACAUUGAACCGAGUUGUCGAGGCAGUAAAGCAGAAACCUGAACAACGAUGGUGCAGCCCCGCGAGGCAACACACACACACACACACACACACACACCGGAAUUAAUUUCCUCUCCAAACUUUGUGUAAGUCGAGGGCAGCACCGCACCUGUGUUACGAACUCGACAAGUGUCCAUAUUUCCAUGUUGCUUCUUUAGUCUACGUUGACCCUCACUGGCUUUUAAUCCUGCCAUUGCCGUCCCCUGAGUACACGGUUCAUUCCUCAUUAAGAGUUGUCCAUUGAUAUCAAGUCACCUUAAACUGAACAUAUCCAGUUUGCCAUUUACCAUGUUGACGUACGAGUAGGCUACUGAUAAUCUCGUGUGGCAGAUGGUAACAAUGUGCUUCUUGAGGUCAUUCACUGGCCGCUAGUCACCUCCACCCCAAUGAUUGUUUAAUCCCGAGUCGAGAUAUCUCAACCAAGGCAUGAACGAGUCGCUAAGGUUGUGGUUUCCCCCCAAAAAUUGAGCCUACAAGAUGACACGCCACUUUAUCUCCUCCCCAUUUCUUAUUUCGUUUUCCUCAUCUGUAACCUAACCAUCUAGUUUCUCACUUGAUAUUAAAUUUUCUCUUCCUUAUUCUUAUUCCUCGUUACCCUUUAUUAUUUGGUAGUGAAGGUUCCUAUUUGGUCUGUAAACUUUGUACGUAAUAGGAGGUAAUUUUCCUUUAUUUUGAGAGUAGAAGUUAUGUUGUGCUGAUUCGAUGUAUAAGGAUUAAAUCAUGGAAAAGAACUUAUAUCAAAACUGGGGGAAAUAAUCUCCUUGUAUCAAUAUCUAGCGAAGCCUAAAACGAAGCUUCGCCGCAAAGGGUCGUGACAACGUUGCCAGACUGUCGUACUCAGGAUCUUAUAAUUUCCCGAUUUCCGACCCAAAAACUGUCUCCUCCACCCCGAUAACUAGAUUCAUUUAUAAUUACUGAAAUGGUUAGUUAUUGGUGGGUUUUUUUUUGCAAUAGUCAUGGGUCAGAAACUGGUAAAUAUGAUGUUCUGAGCAACGUUGCCAGAUUGUCGUACUCAGCCGCUUAUAUUUCCCGACUUCCUACCCCAAAAACUGUUUUCUGGACCCCAAUAACUAAACUCACUUAGAGUUAUCGUUAAAAGAGUUGGAUCCUGAUGUCUCUUGGCAAUAGUUAGACGUCAGACACCGGUAAAUACAUGCUCUAAGUACGAUAACCUGGCAACGGUGGUCUCGUGAACCCGCCGCGGCCAUUUCAGGAAGAGCCACGGUCAGGGUCAGUGGGUGUGGGAGGUUGUGUGUUACCGUUAUGUUCAUGCGGCGAUUCAUUACGUGGUCUCUAAAUAACCAUGCAAUGAAACCGCCUGGAAAUGACUAAAGCACGACCUUCCGGAGUCACUGAUCCCCACUGAUGCUCUGUUUUGAAGUGGAAGCAGGCUACCCUCAGUGCGUGGACAACAUGGCCGCCGUGUGUCUGUUUACAGUGGCCAUUUUCACCCUUUUCUACGGUUUUUCGGAAGUUUUGAAGAUUCCUUGAUUCCUUUGUACGUAAGAUGGUUCCGUGUGUAGGACAUAAUACAUGCUGAGGAAAUAAGGUAAGCUUCUAAAUGCUUUAUUGAAGUUGUAUAUUGACUCCAGAUCAAGUAAAUUGAAGUUUAUUAAGAAGGUAGGCGAGUAGGAAGUGGGGGCUGUACAAUUUUUAAAUCUUUAUAAGCAGUGAUGUAGGAGUUUAUACCUGAAUAUGAAAAAAAAAAAAAUUUUAGAUUUUAUGAAAAUUCACUUAUAGAUUUUGUGACCACAGAGUUUCUUAUGAAUAAUGUUGAAAAAAGCAGACUGGAGUCCUUGCUCCAGAUCAUGCUAAUCAUCAGGAUAUUGGUACCUUGACCCUUGAGAAUCAGAGCAGUCCCAUCCUCAUUGAUUUUACUAAACUGCACCAGGGAGUGAUGUCUGGUACAUGAAGAAAUAUAAAAUUCUAGCUUUACUAAAGCCGUGACUCAUGAGACACUAUGCAGAUUAUUAGUAGACAUUUCAUCUUAUCUUGAAGUAAAUUUAAAGAAUGGAUGUAUUUAACAAAAAUUAGGUUAUGCAUAAGGUGAAAUGAGUUGAUAACUAUACCUAGGUAGAUGCCACCUAAAUAUUAGCAUCUCCCACCCUCACUUGCUCCCUUGAAGAACCUCUCGGGACCCAGUGAGCUGCAUGACCUCCUAACUAAUAAAAAUCUUGGGGUAUCCUAGUAAGCACUUUCACAGCAGAGAAAAGGAAAAUGAAUUCCUGACUAAAAAAUAAAACUUUGUUGAAAUUCUAUAUAUAUAUUUCUUUUCAAAGUUUGCUCAAGAUAGGUCUUAAAAGCCAUAAGAAACAGUAUUUCUAUGCAAUUAUUUACAGUAAUCCAUUCUUAUGUACUGCCAACCUUAGUGAAUUUUAACACUAUUGCACAAAGAAACGAUCCGCCUCUGCUCACUGGGGAUGCUUUGAAGACGUUGGGCCACAUCCAUGAACAAAUAUUGAUGGCACAGUUUUAAUUGGACGCAGGUAAACAGUUCUAAAAUUUUGUCAUCCUUGAACAAAAUAUUGAUGGCACAGUUUUAAUUGGAUGCAGUAAACAGUUCUAAAAAAAAUUCAUCCUUGAACAAAAUAUUGAUGCCACAGUUGUAAUUGGCUACAGCUGAACAGUUCCAAAAUUGUUAAAAAAUCACAUGAAAAAUACAUUAAAACAAAUAUCUAGAUUUUAAUAUACACAACAACAACAAAAAAAAAAAAAAGAGAUUUGAAUGUUUGAGGAAAUUUGUCUUAGAAAUUCCAGCAAUGAACGUGGCCCGUACAGACACAGUGAAAAGCACUCCUGAUGACUAUAUCUAAGCAAGUGAUUUUCCUAUAAUUACCAGAAUGACUUCUCAGUGUGUAUUAGUCAACAUAUCUUCAAGGCAAUUUUCUACACCUUUAUUUAUAUGAUGUGCAUUUUGAUGAAGUGCCCAUAGUUAUAAAUAUCCCUGGCAGCACCACACUGUCUUUUGGCCUCCCUUUAACUUUCUUGCACUAAUUGUGAAUAAUUUUCUUAUGUGGAUAUGGAGAUGUAAAGGUACCUGUUUAUUGUAAUUAUAAUUCAUGAGUAAAACUGAGCAAAAGACCUUACCAAAAGUUUGUGAGGUCUGACUGUAUAUUUAAAAUGGCCCCAAGAGUUUGUAAACUUUUGACUUGUGAAUAAUUGGGUUAACAGAGCAAUGUGACGGAGAAAACUGUAAAAAAAUACAAAACCACCAAUUAUUGAGGCUGCUUGCAACACUUUCCUUUUACAUCUUCAGCCACAUAAUAUCCACUUCUUCAUCUUCCACAUCAGACAAGUUCAGUCAUGCUUCCUCGCUUUCAAUAUAACAUUUAAGGUGCAAACAAAUUUCCAACAUCUGUACUCAGUGGAGAGAGUACUCUUAUGCAGUUGAAUCCGAGAAGUUUUAGGUC